GUCAACGUUCAGUCUGGUUUUCAACAGGAGCCAAAGGAACCACAGCAGAAGAAGAAUAACUUGGAAAUUAAGAAUCUAAAAGAUGCAUAACCUGCAAGGAUCGUUCGUCCUCCUUCUCCUAGCUGGAGUUUUGCUCCAGGUUCAGGCAGGUCUCUUCGAUUGCGAGGAUAAAAUACCUGGACUGAGCGAUGUGGGUGACAAGAUCUCUGAGAUCACCGGCAGCAGCACCAGUUCCGAGCAUGAAGUGAGGGAUUUCUUCAAGAACGUGGGCUGUCACAUCAAGGAGGGUGCCAAGAAGUUGGGCGAGAAGGCCAAGGAUUUGGGUGCCGAGCUCAAGGAGGGAGCCCAGAAGCUCGGGGAGAAGGCCAAGGUGCUGGGCAGUGAUCUCAAGGAUCGCUUUGAUGAUUUCCGUGAUAAGUUGGCCAAGGAUUCGGCGGAGGAGAUGAGCAAGGAUCGUGGCUUUCUGGCCAAUGUGGAGAUCAUUAAUCCGGACAUCCUUAAGGGCGAACAGCAAUGCGGCCAUGGACAUAUCCUGGAUGCCUUGGGCAACUGCAGCAAGUUGAGGAAGUAGUCCUUGAAAUUCCAGCCCCUCGUCCUGUAAAUAUUUAAGUUUCUAUUAUUUUUUUUUUGUUCUCUUGAUUUCCUUCCAUGUGCUUUUUUUGUGUAAAUAAAAAAAUGAAAGUGAA